AUCAUCUUCUAUGAGGACAGAAACUUCCAGGGACGCUCCUAUGAAUGUGACUCGGACUGUUCUGACUUGUCUUCAUACUUUAGUCGUUGUAACUCCAUCCGAGUGGAAAAUGGAAACUGGAUCCUGUAUGAGUUCCCCAAUUACAGAGGACACCAGUACUUCCUAAGGAGAGGGGAAUAUCCUGAUUUCCAGCAAUGGAUGGGAUACAAUGAUUCUAUCAGAUCCUGCCGCUUGACUCCACAGAAGCACCGUGGACCAUUCCAACUAAGGAUCUAUGAGAGGGAAGACUUUGAAGGGCAGAUGAUGGAGUUCACUGAGGACUGUCCUCAUGUCUUUGAGCAGUUCCGGUUCCAUGAAAUCCACUCAUGUAAUGUGCUUGAUGGGCAUUGGAUGUUUUAUGAAGAGCCCAGCUACAGAGGACGUCAGUUUUAUCUGAAACCUGGAGAGUACAGGAGAUACACUGAGUGGGGGGCCAUGUACCCCAGAAUUGGUUCAUUCAGAAGAGUACAAUAUUAG